AUGCCAAGGGAAUCAGAAUUGCUAUUGUUUUUUGCUGAUUUUUUUCAUUUUCUCUCCCUCCUAGGUAGUCGAGAGACUGCAUUUACUUAUGCUGUUAGUGCUGCAGGGGUGGUGAAUGCCAUCAGUCGUGCUUGCCGUGAAGGAGAGUUGUCCAGCUGUGGCUGCAGUCGGACAGCGCGCCCUAAGGACUUGCCUCGAGACUGGCUGUGGGGUGGCUGUGGCGAUAACGUGGAGUAUGGCUACCGUUUCGCUAAGGAGUUUGUGGAUGCCAAGGAGAGGGAGAAAAACUAUGCAAAGGGAUCAGAGGAGCAGGCUCGCAUGCUCAUGAACUUGCAGAACAAUGAGGCUGGCCGCAGGGCGGUAUACAAGCUAGCAGAUGUGGCCUGCAAGUGCCACGGUGUGUCGGGUUCCUGCAGCCUUAAGACCUGCUGGUUGCAACUGGCUGACUUCCGCAAGGUGGGUGACUUGUUGAAAGAGAAGUAUGACAGUGCAGCUGCCAUGAGGAUCAGUCGCAAGGGCAAGCUAGAGCUGGUAAACAACCGCUUCAACAUGCCUACUCAAGAGGACCUGGUCUAUGUUGACCCCAGCCCAGAUUACUGCCUGCGCAAUGAGACCACUGGCUCACUGGGCACUCAGGGCCGGCUGUGCAACAAGACCUCAGAGGGCAUGGAUGGUUGUGAGCUGAUGUGCUGUGGCCGGGGCUAUGACCAGUUCAAGAGUGUCCAGGUAGAGCGCUGCAACUGCAAGUUCCACUGGUGCUGCUAUGUCAAGUGUAAACAGUGCCCAAAGAUCGUUGACCAGUACGUCUGUAAAUGAAAGACCCACCAAAGCAACAAAUCUAUAUUAUAUAAAUCUAUAAAUAUAUUUUAUAUUUGUAUAAAUAAAUUGAUGAUGAUAAUUAAAGAAGCUUAUUUAAGAGACAUUUUGGUUCUGAAAUUUCCCAAUCAGACUGGCUGUUUCUUCGCUUCUUUGAUUCAGCUGGAGAGAAAAACGAGAAUUCACCCUUAUGCACAUCUUCCCUAGGAUAUUCCAACUGGGGUGAAGGGGCCAAGGAGUUGCUAACAAAGGAACUCCCAACCCUCCCCCCACCACAAUCAAGGGAUUCAUUGCCAGAGAAGAGGUGAAGGGAGGGUUCUUUGCUGUCUCAUCAUGUAAAUGUCAACUGUGUAUGUGGUUUUGGACAUCUGGAGUUAUAGCCAGACAUGGGGGAGUUUUUAGAUGUUCUGGUUUCAGCUCUUACUCCAUUGGAUGAACAACAUGCAGGGACUUGGAGCCAUUUUUUGGUCUCUAUAAAGACAGCACUAAGGCUUUGUCAAACUGGAGGGAAAAGUCACUCAGGUCUCAUGUUCAAGACUACGGAUUAAAAUACAGAGUUCCAUUGACAGUGUAUGGAAUAGAGCAAGGACUCCUGCAUGGUGGUGAAGGGCCACCUGCUCUAGGUGACAAAGGAAGGUAUGAUCUUCUCUGGGAACUACUGCCUUGCCCAGUCUAAGAGAAUCCAGUGUCUUGUUCUUCUGUACCUCUAGGGCAAAAGGGAAAUCUGCUAAAGACCUGUCUGGGCUCAUAUGUUAAGAAGGAGGGUUUUUUUCCCACUACCAAAGCCAGUUUGUCUUUGUAGAG